AUGAUGACAUUAUUUCUGGUAAUCUGGCAUUGUGUUGGGAGUUAUUGGGUAUUUGAUAUCUGGAAACCACAUUUCAUACCAUUACUACACGAGCCCAGUAAUUAUUGUGAAAAAACUGUAUAUAUGUUUGCUGCUUGUCAAAUUCUAGGUUGUGUGACGCUGGUGUGUCUGGCGAUCGUGUGCCUUUUCAGUCUAUGGUUGUGUCGUGCUGUAACUGAGUGUUUCCAAACCUAG